GUGCUGAUAAGAGUCUGGUGACGGUACCUGUUAACUCUAAGGAUAACAAGCCUGUUAUUGAGAAUUAUUAUCAUGGAGGAAGAAGCAAGCAAUGUAAUACAGGAGCUGUAAACCUACAGAAAAAACACUACUUUCCUAGUGAAGGUUAUUUGGAUGGAAAUCAGUUUACCCUUGUUCCAAAAGAGCUUUCCUACUACAAGCAUUUGACACUCAUAGAUUUAAGUAACAACAGAAUCAGCACUCUUUCUAAUCAGAGCUUCAGCAACAUGACUCAGCUGCUCACCUUAAUUCUGAGUUACAACCGUCUGAGGUGUAUCCCUGCACGGACUUUUGAUGGGUUGAAAUCACUUAGGUUGUUGUCUUUACAUGGCAAUGAUAUUUCUGUUGUUCCUGAAGGAGCUUUUAAUGAUCUUUCAGCAUUAUCACACCUGGCUAUUGGAGCAAAUCCUCUUUAUUGUGACUGUAACAUGCAAUGGCUAUCUGACUGGGUAAAAUCGGAAUACAAAGAGCCUGGUAUUGCACGUUGUGCUGGUCCUGGAGAAAUGGCAGAUAAACUUCUUCUCACAACUCCUUCUAAAAAAUUCACUUGCCAAGGGCCUGUGGAUGUUAAUAUUCUUGCUAAGUGUAACCCCUGUUUAUCAAAUCCAUGUAAAAAUGAUGGAACCUGCAACAAUGAUCCAGUUGACUUCUAUAGAUGUACUUGCCCAUAUGGUUUCAAGGGUCAAGACUGUGAUAUUCCCAUUCAUGCUUGCAUUAGUAACCCAUGCCAUCACGGCGGAACUUGUCAUUUGAAAGAAGGAGAAAAAGAAGGUUUCUGGUGCACUUGUGCAGAUGGAUUCGAAGGUGAAAACUGUGAAGUAAAUGUUGAUGACUGUGAAGACAAUGACUGUGAAAAUAAUUCUACUUGCAUGGAUGGAAUUAAUAACUAUACUUGCCUUUGUCCACCGGAAUAUACAGGUGAGCUCUGUGAGGAGAAAUUAGAUUUCUGUGCUCAAAACCUGAAUCCUUGCCAGCACGACUCAAAGUGUAUUUUGACACCCAAAGGAUACAAAUGUGAUUGCACACCUGGAUAUGUAGGUGAGCAUUGUGAUAUUGACUUUGAUGACUGCCAGGACAACAAAUGUAAAAAUGGAGCACAGUGUACUGAUGCAGUUAAUGGGUAUACAUGUAUUUGCCCAGAAGGAUACAGUGGCUUGUUUUGUGAGUUUUCACCACCAAUGGUUCUACCUCGCACCAGCCCUUGCGAUAAUUAUGAAUGUCAAAAUGGAGCCCAGUGUAUCAUAAAAGAGAGUGAACCAAUCUGUCAGUGUUUAUCAGGCUACCAGGGCGAGAAAUGUGAAAAGCUGAUCAGUAUAAACUUCAUCAACAAAGAAUCCUAUCUACAAAUCCCAUCAGCAAAGAUACGCCCCCAAACCAAUAUCACUCUACAGAUUGCCACAGAUGAAGACAGUGGGAUCCUGCUCUACAAAGGCGAUAAAGAUCACAUAGCAGUAGAGCUGUACCGGGGUAGAGUGAGGGUCAGUUAUGACACAGGAUCUUACCCAGCCUCUGCUAUUUACAGUGUGGAAACAAUUAAUGAUGGCAAUUUCCACAUUGUGGAGCUGCUAGCUAUGGAUCAGAUUCUGUCUUUAUCUAUUGAUGGAGGAAGCCCCAAGAUAAUUACCAAUUUGUCCAAGCAGUCCACUCUGAAUUUUGAUUCUCCGCUGUAUGUAGGAGGCAUGCCUGUGAAAAAUAACAUAGCAGCUUUACGCCAGUCUCCAGGACAGAAUGGCACCAGCUUCCAUGGUUGCAUCCGUAAUCUAUAUAUCAACAGCGAGCUCCAGGACUUCAGAAAUGUGCCACUGCAAGUGGGAAUUCUGCCAGGUUGCGAGCCUUGUCACAAGAAAGUUUGUGUGCAUGGAACAUGCCAUGCUACCAGCCAGUCAGGCUUUUCCUGUGAGUGCGAAGGUGGAUGGACUGGACCCCUCUGUGACCAACAAACUAAUGACCCAUGUCUUGGAAACAAAUGUGUGCAUGGUACCUGCUUGCCGAUCAAUGCAUUUUCAUACAGUUGUAAAUGCCUGCAGGGACAUGGGGGAGUCCUCUGUGAUGAAGAAGAAAUGCUGUUUAACCCCUGCCAAUCCGUCAGGUGUAAACAUGGCAAAUGCAGGCUUUCAGGACUUGGGAAACCAUAUUGCGAAUGCGGCAGCGGGUACACGGGGGACAGCUGUGAUAAAGAAAUCUCUUGUCGAGGGGAACGAAUCCGAGAUUACUACCAAAAGCAGCAAGGGUAUGCUGCGUGCCAGACGACCAAGAAGGUAUCGAGACUAGAAUGUAAAGGCGGAUGUUCAACCGGGCAGUGCUGUGGACCACUAAGGAGCAAGAGACGGAAAUACUCUUUUGAAUGCACUGACGGGUCAUCAUUUGUGGACGAGGUUGAAAAAGUGGUGAAGUGUGGCUGUACAAAUUGUCCCUCCUAAGUGUCCAUGUCACACUUGUCUUUUGCAAAUGUUGUAUACUUAUUGACCGUGUCGGACUAAUUAAUGCUUCAUAGUGGAAAUAUUUGAAAUAUAUUGUAAAAUACAGAACAGACUUAUUUUUAUUAUGAGAAUAAAGACUUUUUCUUCAUUUGAAAAGAUUCAAGUGCUUGAACUGAGACUUCUCAAAACCAAGAGGAGCUUUGAAGAAAAAAAAAAUAAAGACCUGUUAACAUUGCAAGAGAGAUGGGAAACUUUAACUGCUUUUAACAUGGAUUCCUCUUUAUAACAUGCUGAAGAUACACUGACACUAUACACAGGUGACUUUCAGCUUAACAGCUCAGAGAUGAAAUACUGACCAGAACGUGAGGCUUGUUUUUUCACUUUCGUAUCAGUAUAUUUUAUUGUCUUGACAGACCAUAAUCACUUAUGUAUGGAUGAGGAAGCAUUAUGAGCGAAAAGAAUCAGAUUAUACAGAAAUAACAAUUGUAUGAAAUACAUUUUAUCUUUUGGAAUUCUUAAGCAUCUUGAGAAGAUGGGGUCCCAUUUAAUGAAUGGGAAACAGGAGAUGCGAGAAUAUACUAUAAUCCUGAAAUCUCCUGAUGAUGUAUGCUUUUAUGUCAGCAUGUUAGCAAAAGAAACAAAGAAAGUGUUUAUCUGCCCUUUUCCAGUAUUAAUUUUUUGUAAUAUAAAUGUUUGGAGGAUGAUAAAAAUAGAUUAUUGAUGGAUAAAUUAGUAAUAAUAUGGAUUUCUGUUUCUAUGAGUUCUAAACAACUCUAUACAGUAUUCGGUUUCAUUGAGAAAUAUUUAUUGUAUCAAAGUACAUUGUACUUAACCCUUUUAGGCCAUCCCUUUUACUGUUUUUCAAUGCUUUAAUAUAUAUUAAUUUAUAUUUGUCCCAGUAUUUUUGUAAUUUUUUUUAAAGGACUUAAAAAUCAGGAUUUUUUGCAAUAGAACUAACGUAGCAUGUCGUCUUGGGGUAAAUGUUUUCAGUCUGGUUUUUCCCUCUCCUUCCCCUUCCCUUUUUCUUUCCCUUAGAAUCUGACCAUUUGGUGUCACUGAAUCUGAAAGUGAUGACAAUCUGCAGUUUUCACGUACAUCAGAUAUUCAGGACACCUUCCAAGAACCCGUAAUGUAUGACAGAAAAUACCUGUACACUAGGUGGCAAUUGUAGAGAAGUUAACUUUCCCUAUAUACAGUACUUACAGAAAAUAAGAUGGCGUGUAGAAAAUUACAUUAGAGGGUAGAUCUUUUUAAAUUAAUAUUCCCAUGGAGCUCUUUACCUUUUUAUAAAAAAGAAAAAAAGGCUGUGCUAUCAAGAACUGUGACUUUCCCCAAAUAAUAAAACUACUUUACUGCCCUAAUGUUCCCCAUGUUAACAUGUUGCUGCUAAAUUAUAAUGUAGAGUUGGUAAUCGGUAGUGGGUUGUGUUCUUCUUUCAGUAAAACCCAGGGUACCCUGUAAAAAUGCAGAUGUUUUUUCAAUUUUAUUUUAUUAUUUUUUUUACAAAAAAGUUAGAUGUACAUGUGUAAUGCAGUGUGCUUUGUCUUAUUUGGACUGAUAUCAGUAAUGCUACUGAUGUUUGUAAAUUAAACAGAUAUUUAC